AUGCCGUCCGACUCUGCAAUCCAUGCCCUCGCCGGUGCCGCUGGCGGCAUUGUCGCCAUGUCCGCGACCUACCCUCUCAUCUUCCUCUCGACGCGUGCCGCAGUAGAGACUAAGAAAGAGCAGAAGACGACGUUCGAGGCCGUGCGCGACAUCCUCAAGCGUGAGGGGUUCAUGGGGCUCUACAGCGGACUGAACUCCAGCUUGCUCGGCAUUGCUGUCACGAAUGGAGUGUACUACUACUUCUACGAGGGCUCCCGCGACCUCAUCCUCAAAGCGCGCACCGGCAGCAAGGGCCUCAGCGCGCUCGAGUCCAUGCUCGCCGGGCUCAUCGCGGGCUCCGCGACGACGGUCAUUAGCAACCCAAUCUGGGUCGUGCAGACCACCCAGGCCGUCUACUCCAUGUCCAAGACCCCCACCGCUCCCGGCCCCGACGCGUCCGCACCCGCGCCCGCCCCACGGCCGGGUAUCCUCCAGACGAUCCAGCACAUCCUCGCACAGGACGGGCUCACCGCGUUCUGGCGCGGGAUCGGGCCCGCGCUCGUGCUGGUCGUGAACCCGAUCAUCCAGUACACCGUGUUCGAGCAGCUCAAGAACUUCCUCGUCAAGGGCCGCACGGAGCGGCUGCGUGCGGGCGGCGCGAAGGGCGCCGUCGCGGUCCUGUCCGACUUGGACUACUUCCUGCUCGGCGCGCUCUCGAAGCUCGUCGCGACUGGGUCGACGUACCCGUACAUUGUCGUGAAGAACCGGCUGCAGGCGGGUCAUGCUGGCGCGCAGCACUACAAGUCCCCGCUCGAUGGUGUGAAGACCAUCGUGAAGGAGGAGGGCGUCGAGGGGCUGUAUAAGGGUGUCGGGAGCAAGCUCACGCAGAGCGUGCUCACCGCGGCGAUUCUGUUUGCGGGGCAGAAGAGGGUCUACGAGAUUGUCAAGAAGCUCGUCUUGCCCUCGAACUCCAGCAUUUCCCGCACUCGUUGA